UACAACAAAGAACACCAGAGACUCUCCUCCUCCCUCCCUCGUUCCAGUUUUGGCAACAUACCACUCAACUCUGAAUACCAAAGGUUUCUCUCACUUUCUCUCUCCUCAUCCCUCUCUUUCAUUGCUUUCAUCUUCAUUUCCACUGCUUGUCUUAUAAUUGCUUGGAGAAAUAUUGUUGUUCUUCAUCAUACAUUGGUGGGUUUAAUUUUCAGAAGAAUUUCGCUUUGGAAAGAAAUCUUGUUGUUCUUCAUCAUACAUUGUGGGUUUAAGCAAUUUUCAGGAGAAUUUCGCUUUGAAAAGAUAAAAAAUGGAUGCAUCUGAAAAAAAGCAGAUACGAGUUCCUAUGUCAAGGCCUGGCCACGGAACAAAAGGACAGAAGAUUCGACUAUGUACUAAUCACUUUGAUGUCAAGAUUGCCAAUACUGAUGGUUACUUCUUCCAUUAUUCUGUUGCCCUUUAUUAUGAAGAUGGAAAACCUGUUGAAAUGAAAGGUGUAGGAAGGAAAGUAAUGGACAAGGUCAAAGAAACUUACAGCGCUGAGAUUGGUGGCAAGGAAUUCGCCUAUGAUGGUGAGAAGACCUUGUUUACUGUCGGUUCCCUUCCUAGAAACAAGUUGGAAUUUAGUAUUGUGCUCGACAAGGUCUCAUCUCAAAGGACUGAUGGUAAGAGCAGCCCUGCAGGCGAGGGAAGUCCAAAUGAGAAUGAAAAAAAGAGAAGAAAGCGUGUGUCGACUUUUAAAGUGGAGAUUAGCUAUGCAACAAAAAUCCCAAUCAAGGCAAUAAGUGAUGCUCUCCGUGGUAAACACUCUGAGGAAUUCCUUAAUGCUGUCCGGGUUUUGGACAUAGUACUCAGGCAACAUGCUGCAUAUCAGCGUGCAAGAUGCUUGAUGAAAGUUGGUCUCCUAAGUUCACCAUUGUGAUUGCUCAGAAACAGCAUCAUACCAAGUUUUUCCAACAAGGAAGCCCUGACAAUGUACCACCUGGAACGGUGGUUGACACCAAAGUCUGCCAUCCAUUAUACUACGAUUUCCACAUGUGUGCACAAGCAGGGAUGAUUGUGUUUAAAUCUUUUGAAUCUUGUUUUACUUUAUCUACAAGUUUUAGGUUUGCCAUUAGCAGUCUCAGCUAGUCAAGGCUCUUUCAUUUUCCAUAAACUACUCCCAUAUUGGACUUGUUUUAUGACUGAAUGAAUAUACGCUUCGACAUGAUCAUCUUAGAGUUAUGUUACUCCAACUCAGGCAUUGAUGUCAGAAAUUCGCAGGGUACAAGCAGGCCAACUCACUACCAUGUUCUGCUGGAUGAGAUAGGCUUUUCAGCAGACGAUCUGCAAGAGUUGAUUCACUCUCUAUCCUACGUGUACCAGAGGAGCACUACUGCUAUAUCAAUAGCUGCACCAAUUCGAUAUGCUCACCUAGCAGCCAGCCAAGUAUCACAGUUCCUCAAGUAUGAGGACCUGUCAGAAACGUCUUCAGGUCAUGGAAGCGUGACAUCUGCUGGAAGUAUUCCCGUACCUGAGCUCCCUAAGUUGCAUGACAGAGUAUGCACCUCAAUGUUCUUCUGUUAGCCAUACGAAAAGGUACGACGUAUGUAGGAUAUUUAGUUUAACACAGUGGCUCAUUAUGCUCAUGGUUUUGGCUGGCAACAGAGUUGUGUAGGUCAUUGUUUAGAGUUUUUGGACCAAAAUGUUGUGUUAAUACUAUGUUUAUGCAGUUUGUAAUCUUGACUAUCAAAAGACUUUAUCAGUUGUUUAAUACCAAGUAAGACAGAUUGAAGAGAUGAAAGUCUUACCCUA